AUAAUUUGUAAACUUUUAUUGUGGAGGGAGUAAGUGAAUGAGCGAGUAGUGAGAGACAGUUGAAGCAUUAGUGAGUUCCUGACCCAACUAAUCUUAAUUAGUCACACUUUCUUGUAAACCACGGAUCCGCCUAGUCAGAUUCGCCGUCAUUAACCGCGCUACAACCACCGCCAUACAACGGCUUCGCGCUUUCCCACCGCCGCACAACUACUGCGUCCCACAGCAUCAGCGGCGCGAGCUCAUGGCGGCCAAGGCGUCGACCAGUUUCUUCAGCAUAUUAUCAUCUCCAUCAUCUUCUUCUUCUUCUCUGUUUUUCCAUCGGACUCCAUUUCUCUGUCCGGCUUCACUCUCAGCUACUUCGCUUCCCAAAUUCAAGGAAAGAAUUCCGGGGCUAGGGCACGUGUUGGUUACGGUGAAUUGCGUGUCGGAACGUAGCAAACAGGCUGCGGAACCGGAGCCUGAAAUAGCUCCCUCGCCGUCGUCGGAAUCUCCAUCGUCUUCUUCUGUUGCCGGUGCCGAUAACGACGCGGACAUCUCAGCAUACAAAUGGAUUGUGGCUCUUGGAGGGAUUGGAUUGCUGGAGACAGCGUAUUUGACUUACCUUAAACUCACGGGUUCGGACGCUUUCUGCCCCACGGGUGGAGGCUCGUGCACCACCAUCCUGACAAGUGAUUACUCCUCCGUUUUUGGUGUUCCUUUGCCAUUGUUUGGCAUGCUUGCAUAUGGUUUAGUUGCAAGCCUUGGCUUACAAUUGGGUAUGGAGAAAAGGACAUUUGAUACUGGAAAAUCUAAUGGCGAGAUUAUCUUAGUUGGAAUUACUACCUCGAUGGCAGUUGCUAGUGCAUAUUUCUUGUACAUUCUGAGCACUGAGUUUGCUGGAGAGUCGUGUUUAUAUUGUUUGGCAUCUGCAACAUUAUCCUUCAGCUUAUUCUUCAUAACACUAAAGAGGUUUGGGCUACAAGAAAUUCAAAAAAUAUUGGGCUUACAGCUAUUUGUAGCUAGCUUGGUGGUUAUUGCGUUGACUGCAUCUUACAAUACUGCCCAACCAGGUUCAUUAAGCAUGAUGGAGACUGAAAUACCGUACUUUGAAACUGAGAUCACAAAAGAGUCAAGUCCUUUGGCCAUUGCUCUGGCAAAACAUUUACAUUCAGUUGGAGCAAAACUAUAUGGGGCAUUCUGGUGUUCACACUGUCUUGAUCAGAAAGAGAUUUUUGGGAGGGAAGCAGCAAAAAUAUUGGAUUAUGUGGAGUGCUUCCCUGAUGGAGUAAACAAAGGAACUAAAAUGGCUCAGGCCUGUGUAGAUGUUAAACUUGAAGGAUUUCCAACCUGGAUAAUAGACGGUCAGGUAAACUCACAGUCUAAAAUGCCUUUUACUUUGAAUCAAAGGAUAAAUUUCUUUAAGAAGCUUUGUCCUGUUUCGUAUUCAUUGAACUUGGUGUGAUCCCUCGUAUGGCUGUCUUACGUGCCCGUUUACCAUUGACCUGAGCGGGUCUAUAAUUUACCAGAUAUCAUUAAAAUGAAAAUGAUAUGCUGUUUCAUGUCCUCGUUCUGCUAUCUUGUUUAUGUUUCACAGAGAGAGAGAGAGAGAGAGAGAGAGAGAGGCCCCACAUGCUAAUUCAAAUCCUGCUGCAGGUUUUGAGUGGAGAAAAGCAGUUAUCAGAGCUUGCUACAUUAUCUGGAUUCGGACUUGAAGAUAAUGCUGAGACUAAAUAGGAUGUUGUUCCGGCCAUGUUUGUCUUGCAUUGCUUUUUACAAGAUGGUGAUAUAUAGACAAGACUUAUUCAGCUCCCUUCCCGUCUUACUCUCAUUUACAAUAGUAAUAUCAUCUCGAUAGCCCUAUACCGGUUACAUAUUAGGAUAGCCAGUUAUUUCAGUAAACGUUUCAUCACUUGUUGAAUAGAAGGGAAGAGCAUAAGUGUAGAUGAUGGGGAAGAGUGGGACUUGCAUCGUUUUGAUUCAUUUGCCGAGCCAAAGAGAUCUAAGGCUUCUUCCUAAGCACCACAAAACCCAGAGCAUUGAGUUGUUUUGAGGCGUCAUCUUCAUGAUCAUGUGCCUUCUACUGUAAAUGAGAGUAUGAACAAUAUUUAUGAUGUAUGCAGCUUACAGGUAACAUGAAUAUGUGUAUUUAUGCAGUUGGCUCGAAUAAUGGUAGAUCAUAAAGCUGUUAUUACAUGGAGUAAUUGUAAUAAGAAUAAUUUUGUAGCUCAGCCAUGUAUGUAUAAAAAGUCCUUGAUUUCAUC